AUGUCUUCAUCAGAGGUUGUUGAACAACUUCAAGAAGCUGUGUCUCCCGUGAAAUCGGUCGAAGUUAAGGAUAUUGAUAAGGCACAGAGUCCGAAAAAGAGAAAGCUGGAAGACGAAGAGGCCGAGGAGGUAGUCGUCGCUAAGAAGGUACGCGAGUGCGAGACUGCGGAGAGCGAGGAAUCCACAGCCGCAGAGGAAGAGAAGGAAGAGCAGCAAAGCAAAGAUCCUGAAGAGCCUACUGCGACGGAGUCGCGGGACGUGGAAGAACCUGUGGAUAUCGAAACUGUGGAGCCACCGACGCUAACGCCAGAUACUGCCAGCGGCUGUGAGGAACCUACCAGAGAACAGCCGGCUGAAGCGAGUUUAGCAGAGGAUGACAAGGCUGCCGAGAGCACCGUUGAGACUACUGAAGAGGGCAAGUCGAACGGUGAGUUUACCCCUGAAACAAAUGAAGCCGAGACAAAGAAGAUUGACGAGCGCGCUUCGGAGCCUGAAGUUGUUGAACCGUGA